AUGACACCAUUGAUGAAGAAGCUUCAAGAUGUAGGAGUGGAAAAACCAGAUGACCUCAAGUUUGUGCAGCCAGAAGACUUCAUAACUCUCUUGAAACCAAUACAAAAAUUGAUGAGUGCAUGUGAGCAGGGUAAACAACCCGAGGCCAGUGACAGACGCGAAAUGAUUAGAACUAUAAUGUCAAAAAUCAUAAGCACUCCUGAUACACAAGUGGGAAGAAAUGAGAUCCGUAUGAUAGCAGGAAAGAUUGUGGCAAAGUACCCUAAAUCAUUUGCUGACAGGAUAAAUGGCGAGACAGUUGGAGAUGGGACCAUAACACUCCUUCAACAACUAGAAAACAGAAGAGAAAAUGAAAGCCGUAAAAACACUCAUAAAAACUUCAAACGUAAAGCUAAAGCAGAUGAAGUAGUCUCAUCAGUGAAAGACCUUGAUUCCUACGGAUGUAUCAAGGGUAGGUGGGAAGGGGAAAUGGUAGGAGCAGACACAGAGGAGAUCCAAGAAGAAACAAGACAAGCACUACUGAAAGAAUAUAAAGAAAGCCCUGACAACUGGAAUCAAAAGAAUAUCGAUAGAUGGAUGGAAGCAACUUUCCCCCUCCAGAGGAAAGACAUAAACUCAUCCGAACUCACUGUAGCUGCAGUCCUUGAGAGGUGGCCAUUUCUGGUCGAGCAAAGAUGGUUUAGUCAACAUUUCCAACUCUUAACAGGUAAAGAUGUGGAAGCAAACACAUGGGCAUCCAAAGCAGAAAGGCUUUAUGCGUAUUUGAAAAGCAAAGCAUCUCAGCAGUUGGAAGACACCAUGAAUGCUAUAAAGGAUGAAAUGGAGCUGACCAAGAAUAAAAUGCCCAUUACUGACCACUUGCCCACCAUGCUGGCUGCCUACUUUGGAGAAAAAGAAGCUACCCUGAUCUGCAAGUACCAAGACGAGACUAGGAAAAGGACACCAAAAGAGAUUGAAGAUGAACUGGUGCUGACACCUUGCAUCGUAAUCGGUGGUGAAAGACAAAUUCAACUGGCAGUUGAUGGCAAAUUAAUGAAAUCUAAAAUUGGCAUCACGUCAUUGGCAAAAGCAACCAAGAUGUUGUUUGAAGCUUUUUACGUCUUUUCUGUAAGCUAUCCUACCAGUUCAACGAACACUCUGGACUUCAUCCAAAGAUACGUCAUCGGAAUAAAUCCCUGUUCCACCAAGUUUCCGAGAGGCAAACAGGGAAAGUGUGCAUCAGUACCUCUACGCGUUAUAAAACUAGCAAAUGAACUUGCUCUGUUUGAAAGUGAUUGGUGUCUUUAA